ACGAUACCAGGAUCUGCAUGCUUUUAUUUUGAAGUGCCUGGAAGGUGCAGUGUACCGGAACCAGAGAAGAAGAAUCUGGUCGUGUUGUUGACGGACAGUUUGACUCACCUGGCAGACAGGUGCGACCAGAACCAGGAACAGGUUAGGUCAAAGGUCAUCUCCCCAGGUCAAAGGUCGUCUCCUCGGGUCAAAGGUUGUCUCCUCAGCUGUGAUGGCUCUGAUCUCUCUGGAAGACCUUGAUAGAUUGGACGACGAGCAGCUGGACGAUGACAUCGCUGACAAUCCUGAACCAAUGGAUGAAGAGGAUAGAGACCGACUGCUGACACACUGGCAGGCGGUUGCCAGCACACACCAUGUGUCAGUACCUCCAGAAAUGACCGGCCCCAUACAGGAAAUGACCCGAAACAACCAGCAGAGGGAGCCCCUCCCCUUCACUUCUAUAUCCUGCCAUGAGAAGGUGGGGGAGGUGCAGUAUGAGGAGCGGGUGUACCCUGCAGGUCACUGGGUGUGUGUGACUAAAGGAGAAGAUCUGUACGAGCAGAGCAUUUCGCUGAGCUUCAUGAAGCUGAUGCGCUUCAUCUGCAAAGAGAACUCUGCAGGCAGAUACCUGGGCCUGACGGUGCCGGUGGUCAAUCACAUCCACAUGAUGACUGACGGACACACGUUAGAGAAAGAUGUGCAGACGGCGUUCUACCUGCCCACAGAGUUUCAGACCGACCCCCCCCGACCCUCCGACCCCGACAUCACCAUCGUCUACAGAGAGCCAAUCAGAGUGGUCGCCAGGGCGUUCUCUGGGACAACCACGGAGGAGACGGUGACCAAUCAGAUCGGCCUGCUGUGGGAGAUCCUGGGCGACACCGCCGACCUCUGCAGGGACGGUUACAUGGUCGCCUCGUACGAGAAUCCCGGCGUGCCCCGCCGCAGGAACGAGAUCUGGUUCAUCCGACACAACCUGUAGACAAUUUCCCAUCAUGCCCUGCUCCUCCUGUGAUUGGCUUGUGUUUAUAAGAACCCCUGCCACUCCUGUCCAAUCAGAAUGCCUCUCUCUGACCUGACGUCCCAUUGGUUCUCACAUCAUAACAGGAAAUCACUUUGUAACUUUAAAAGUUCUUUGAACAACCAGCAGCUUCAGCUUUAAACACGUGUUCAGCACAAAUAAAGUAAUAAUUAUUGUGUCACGCCUCCGUCCUGAUUGGCUGUGAUGAGACGUUAAAGGAACAGUUCAACAUUUAGAUAAAUCCUCAGCAGAUGUUAGCUUAGCUUAGCAUAAAUAUAGAAACAUUAGCAGCUAACGAGUCUCACUGAAACGUCUGAAGUUAAUCCUCAAGUCCAACGCUGCGUUCAAGUGCUCCUCUGAAGUCCUUCUUCCUGAGCUUUAAGUGAUGUGGAAAGAACACGGACGCUACAGAAAACGUGUUAUUGCUGUUCCGACACCACAUGAAUGCAUCAUAAAUAACAUUACAGGUCAUUGAGCAGACGCUCUUAUCCAGAGCGACUUACAUUGAACUAACUACAGGGACAGUCUCCCUGGAGCAACUCAGGGUUAAGUACCUUGCUCAGGGGUACAAUGGUGGCAGCCUGGUAUUGAACUCCCGACCUUCUAGUGUUUGGAAAGCAUACCACUAGGCCAUCACCACCACCACUAAAUCUCUCAACCUUAACGAAACUUAGUGUUUGCGUUAAUACGUUUCUGUAACGCCGCCCCGGCCCUCCGACAUCUCCACUUCCUGUUUAAUUAACGAAGGAAUAUUUUUGUAAAUGAUGAACCGGCAGUUUUUAAUGUUUUAAUGUAAAAUAAUGAAGUAAAUCUAUAGGAUAUUAAAUAUUUUGUUAUGUGUUUUAAGAUUAUCAGCAUGUUAAACUGACUAACAAUUUAACGUCUUGCACCUCGAAGACUUUUACUUUCUCAAUAUUUGAUGUGGAACAAUAAAAUUAAAAAGACUUUGAUUUGUU